AUGCUAGUUCCCAACAAGCGGCAGAAAGUGUCCCCUGAGGGCGCGCAGGCCGCGCCGUCGGCGGCUGAGAGCGACGACCCUCAGCCGUUCGACUUUAUGAGCCUGUGCGAGCGUUUCCAGGUCACGGAGGCGCCCGCUGCGCAGCCCGAGGCGGCGAUCGCCCAGCCUAGCUCGUCGGCCGUUACUGUGUUGUCGGUCGAUGAACCUGUCGGCAAGGUGCUGACCAAGAAGGAGCUGGUCAAGAAUGCCGUCACCGGCUGCACCAUCGAGGGCGUGCAGUUCGACGUGAUGGGCAGUGAUGUCAUAUCACGGCUGGCCGAGCUGCAGAUCAUGAAGCGCGAGCUGUACGACAACAACACCAACGAGCCGCUGCCGCUGGGAGUGCUCGACCUGAAACUAGGUGCGUCAUCCCGUUCUAAUAGAGGAGGUAGUCUAUGCCAGACAUGCGGCAAGGACCUCAAGCAGUGCGUCGGUCACUGGGGGUACAUCCGGCUGCAGCUGCCCGUGUUCCACAUCGGUUUCUUCAAGUACACUAUCCAGAUCCUGUACUGCAUUUGCAAGAAGUGCUCCUACCUGCUUUUGCCUGACCACCUGGCGCGGAAGUUCCUGGAGGCGCACCGGCGCAGGAUAGACGACCCCCUGCUCAAGCCGCUGCUGUUCAAGCAGAUCCUGCAGGAGUGCCGGAAGAUCACCAAGUGCCCGCGCUGUGAGGCCAAGCAGGGCGUAAUCAGGCGCAUCGUUAAACCCGUGAUGGACCAGUUCAUGAAGCUGCGCCACGUCAUCAAGUUCAAGGAGGGCGGCAAGAUGCAGACCGUGGAGGAGGACCUGAACCCGCUGGUUGUGCAGCAGCUGUUCGAGGCCAUCGACCCCAUCCACGCCAAAAUCCUCAACGUGGUAUCACCGGAAAAGCUGCUAAUCACCAACCUCGCCGUGCCACCGAGCUGCAUUCGGCCCAGUGUAACCAUCGAGGCCCAGGGAACCACAGAGGACGACCUCACGUGCAUCUUCUCCGACAUCGUGGAGCUCAACAACGGCUGGAAAAACCAAAUCAAGAACGGCAGUCAGAUCAGCCAGUUCAUCCUCAGCUGGCAGUGCCUGCAGCUGCAGUGCACGAGGCUCAUCAACGCCGACGCGCCAGCCGUGUCACAGCUGCUGGUAUCGCGCAACAUUUCCAAGCCUGGCAGGGGCAUCUGCCAGCGCCUCAAGGGAAAGGAGGGCCGUUUCAGGGGCAACCUCAGUGGGAAGAGGGUCGACUUCUCCGCCAGGACGGUGAUCUCGCCCGACCCCAACGUCGGGAUCGACGAGGUGGUCGUCCCGGAGUGGAUCGCCAUGAAGCUGACCUUCCCCGAGAAGGUGACCGCCUCAAAUAUCGCAAUAAUGAGAAAGGCCGUGCUUAACGGGGUAUCGAUAUGGCCUGGCGCCACGUACGUCAAGAAGGCGAACGGCGGCAAAAGCAGCCUGCAGUACGCCAACCCCAAAUACAUGAGCGACAACCUCGCCAUAGGAGACGUUGUGCUGCGUCACCUCUGGGACGGCGACGUUGUGCUGUUCAACCGUCAGCCGUCCCUGCACAGGAUGAGUAUCAUGGCCCACAGGGUCCGGGUGAUGCCCGGGUCGACGUUCAGGUUCAACGAAUGCGUGUGCCAGCCGUACAACGCCGACUUCGACGGAGACGAGAUGAACCUGCACCUACCCCAAACCUACGAGGCAAAGGCAGAGGCGCUGCACCUGAUGAACGUGCUGCACAACCUCACGACGCCGAGAAACGGCGAGCCUCUCAUUGCGGCGGUUCAGGAUUUCCUGUGUGCAAGCUACCUGAUAACGUCUAAAGACCGCUUCCUGACGAGGGAGGAGUUCGCCCAGGUAUGCUGCCACUUCACGGACGCCCAGGUCCACAUCGACCUGCCGCCGCCGGCAAUCCUGUACCCAGUCAUGCUGUGGACUGGAAAGCAGGUUUUCAACGCGCUGCUGCGCCCGAACAGAAACUGCCAGGUGGUGGUGAACUUCGAGUGCAAGGAGCGUGAGUUCCACGACCCACCGUCAGGGCUGCAUUCGUGCAUGUGCCCGAAGGACGGAUACGUCAUCUUCCACAACUCGGAGCUGGUGUCAGGCGCAUUGGGCAAAAAGUCAUUAGGCGCGUCCAAGAGCGGGCUGUUCUAUCAGCUGCUUACGAGGAACAAUCGGUACAUCGCGGCAGACUGCAUGCUUAGGGUGUCCAAGCUGACCAGCAGGUGGCUCGCCGGUUUCGGCAUGACCAUCGGGCUCGAUGACGUCCGACCCGGCAAGGAGCUGCUGAGACAGAAGGAGAAGCUGCUCCAGGAUGGGUACACGAAGGUUUCUGAGGCCAUCGAGAGCUUCGACACCCUGCAGGCGUUGCCCGGCUGUACCCGGGAGGAGACUCUGGAGCUCAAGGUCAAGCGGGUGCUCGACGAGCUCAGAAACGAGGCCGGAAAAGCCUGCAACUCCAACCUGAGGGCCGACAACAAGCCGCUCAUCAUGUUCAACUCGGGCGCGAAAGGAGCGCUCAUCAACAUCGCACAGAUGGUGGCACUGGUCGGACAGCAGAACGUGUCUGGACAGCGUAUCGAAAACGGUUUCAUCGGCCGUACGCUUCCCCACUUCGACAUCGGCUGUAUGGACGCCAAGAGCAGGGGUUUCGUGGCAAACUCCUUCUUUUCUGGGCUGGGACCGGAGGAGUUUUUCUUCCAUACCAUGUCCGGCAGGGAGGGUCUCAUCGACACUGCGGUGAAAACCAGUGAGACCGGUUAUAUGCAGCGUCGUUUGAUGAAGGCGCUAGAGGUGUUAUCCGUGGGUUAUGACCACACUGUUCGCACGUCUGACGGGCAUGUUGUGCAGUUCCUGUACGGCGACGAUGGCCUCGGCGGUGCGUCGCUGCACAUGGACAUCACCGCUCUCGACCUGACACUCAAGCACAUCCGCUGCAUCACCCGCAACACGAUACCAACCGACGCACCGCAUUCCAGCGUCCUGGAAAUCCUGCCGAUGUCGGUGGACCACAUUGGCGACGAUGCCUUGCAGCACCUCAUGGCAGAUGAAGGGUUGCGCAGGCACUUACCCAUCCAGCUGCAAAAGAAGGUUGAAACCCUUGUCAGCUGGGGCAAGAAUGCGAGCGCAAGAUCCGGCCUCGUCGACGGGUCCAGGUCGCAACAGGUCAUGAACAAUUUGAGGGCAUUCUUCGCCGUGUACAAAACCCUGGGACAACGCGAGCGAAACCUGCCGCUGUUCCCCCACGAGAUCGUCGCCUGGGUGGAGUUCCUGAGCCCGAUGCUCAAGGAAGUGCUGCCAUCGGCGAUUCAGGACCACUUCGAGCUGUCGCAUGAGGGAUCAAGCGACCCCGAGCUGAGGAAGCAGUACGACUACAAUUCGUCCAUCAUCGAGACUCUGAGGAAAUGGGCCGAUGGCAUGGGCAUCCAGCAGAGCUAUGCCGACAUCUGCAACCACUUCUACGCCAGCGGCAUGACACCCACCGAGUAUCGGAUGGGCAUGAUAAAAUGCCAGCACAGACUGUCCGUGCGCCAGGUGUUCGAGUACGUCCGCUGCUGCUGGAAGGACUACCAGAAGGCAAUCUGCGUCCCAGGGGAAGCCAUUGGCGCCCUGGGAGCGCAGUCCAUUGGCGAACCCGGUACGCAAAUGACCCUCAAGACGUUCCACUUCGCCGGAGUGGCGUCCAUGAACGUCACCCUGGGUGUGCCCCGUAUCAAGGAGAUCAUCAACGCCGCCAACACCAUCCAGACGCCCAUUAUCGAGGUACCGCUGCUCAACAACCGCGAUUUCGGCUACGCGCUGGCCGUCAAGGCGAGAAUCGAAAAGACCACCCUGGGCCAGGUCUGCAGCGACAUCAAGGAGAUAUUUGCGCCCACCGGGGUGGUGCUCAAAAUCACACUAAACGAGCCGCUGAUCAAGAAACUACUGCUGCAAAUCGACGCCGAAAAGGUGCGGGAUGUCAUCCUUGACAACAGCAUCAUCACCAAGUUCAAGCUGGGCAAGCAGUGCGUGCACGUCAUAGACAAGUGGAAGUUGAGCAUGGACCUUGCGGCGAAUCAGCAGCAGUUCUUCCAGCAACAUGCGCUCAUCGCCAGCCUGAUGCAGAUCAUGGUCGCCGGCGGCAAGAACGUCAGGCGGACCGUCAUAAAGAAGGAAACAAGCGCAGAAGGGUUCCACUACCAGCUCGCGGUAGAGGGAUACGGCCUCCAAGAGGUCAUAGGCGCCGCUGGAGUGUUGUCUACUGGUGUAAAAAGCAACCACGUGCUCGAGGUGGCCAAGGUGCUCGGCAUCGAAGCCGCUCGCAGCGUCAUCAUCAGCGAGAUCCAGAAGUGCAUGGACGCGUACUCCAUCGACAUCGACAAGCGUUACAUGAAACUGCUUGGUGACGUGAUGACGUUCCGCGGCGAGGUCAUUGGCAUCAAUAGGUUCGGCAUUCAAAAGAUGCGGGCGUCGACGCUGAUGCUUGCGUCGUUCGAGGAGACCAACGAACACCUGUUUGAGGCAGCCGUCCACCGCCGCCGUGACCCCAUUAAGGGCGUCAGCGAGUGCAUUAUCAUGGGGAAACAGGUCCCGCUGGGGACUGGGGCCUUUGACCUUUUGCUCAAGGAUAACCUGGUCGCUGCAUGA